AUGGCGUCCGAAGUUGUUGCACCAGUGAAAUGGUAUCGAUCAACAUUCUUCAACAUCACGAUUCUCGGCCUAUGCAAUUUUGCUGCGCCAGGCAUAUGGGGAGCUAUGAACUCCCUCGGCGCCGGAGGAGCCCAAAAGCCAUACUUGGUCAACACUGCAAAUGCCUUGACAUUCUGUCUCAUGGUUGUUUCCUGUCUCUUUUCCAGUGCCCUGGUUCGGUUGAUUGGUAUAAAGGGCGCUUUGAUCUUUGGCACACUUGGCUACGCACCUUAUGCCGCAGGCUUAUACACAAAUAAUCGUUUCGGCAUAGAAUGGCUCGUCAUUCUUGGUGCUGCCCUGUGCGGCAUCUCUGCUGGUGUAUUCUGGAUGGCAGAGGCAGCCAUUGCGAUUGCCUAUCCGGAGCCCUGGAACAAGGGCAAAGCACUCGGAUACUGGCUAACGUACCGAGUCAGUGGCCAGAUUCUGGGUGGUGCCAUCAAUUUGGGCUUGAACGCGGAUCGCGAUCAGGCCGGAAAGGUGUCUUAUGCGGUAUACCUGGUCUUCAUUGCUCUUCAAUGCCUUGCUCCCGUGGGCGCGCUCUUCCUGACGCCGCCUGAAAAGGUGCAGCGCCAGGAUGGCAAGAAGGUGGAACUGGGCAUAUUCAGCAACCCUUGGCUCGAGAUCAAAGCAACCAUCAGACUGUUCUUCUCUCGAAAGUUCCUGCUAGUGCUCUUGUUUAUUGGGCAAGCCGUGUUUGCCGAGGCCGUAUUCUUCACAUAUCUUUCGUUGUGGUUUUCUGUUCGCGCGCGUGCCUUGGGAUCAUUUCUGUCGGGCAUUGUGGCCGCAAUUGGGGGCAAUGUCCUUGGGUACUGGCUUGACAGGACCAAAAUUCCGCUCAAAAUCAGGGCCAGAUCUUCGUUUUGGAUCAUUGUCACUUUGCAAGGAGCAUGGUGGACUUGGGCGACAGUCAUGUCUGCACGAUAUCGUCGCACACAGCCCACAUACGACUGGUCGAGCCCUGGCUUUGGAUCCGGGUUCCCUGUAUAUCUCUUCUUGCUACUCGGCUUCCAGUUAAACUACAUGUUUCUGUACUUCAUCAUCCAAAAUCUAGCCGAAUCCCAGGAACAGGUUAUCCGCUAUUCUGCCUUGCUACGCGGGACUGAAUCUGCUUGGCAGGCAGUCAGUUAUGGCUUGGGAUCCAUAGAGAUCAUGGCACAAGUUGGGAGCGUCUACCUAAACUUUGGUCUCUGGGCUGCUGCGAUUAUUCCCGCUUGGCUGGUUUUACGCGAGAUUGGGGUCGCAAAGCCUGGCGACGGCGACGACUCUGAGCAAAGCACAAGCGAUGCUGGCGAAAUAAAACCCGCCCGGGCCGUGUCUAAUCAGCUUUGA